GCCAACCCUGCGCGGUCAGUGGCCAACGGCCAACCCUCUGCAGCAAGCGGUCAACGGCCAACCCUGCGUGGCCAGAGGUCAACCCUGUGCGGCACGCGGCCAGCCCUGAGUGGCCAGUGGCCAAACCUGUGCGGUCAGCAGCCAGCAGCCCACCCUGCGCGGUCAGCGGCCAACGGCAAACCCUGCGUGGCCAGAGGCCAACCCUGCACGGCCAGCGGCCAUCGACCAGCGGGCAACCUUUCGCGGCUAGCGGCCAACCCUGCGUGGCCAGGGGCCAAUCCUGCGCAGCCAUCGGCUAACAGCCAACCCUGCGUGACCAGCGUCCAACCCGGCGCAGCUGGCAAACAGUGGCCAACCCUGCAUGGCCUCAGCUGCCCACCCUCAGCCCUUCUUCUCUUCUACCUGCCUCCCCCAGACUGGUCAAAAUGAGGACAGUGGUGCUGCCUGUAGACAGAUCCAAAUCCCAGUCCUGGGCAAGCUGCUAGGCCAUCUCUUUUUCAAGCUGUUCAGGAAAGAAGAAACCAGCUUGAUGGUGCUGGACAUUCUCUGCUCCCUCUUCACAUUCAUCUCUAAGCAGAAAUGUGCCACACGGCCAGAGCUUCAUGCCCUGCCUCCAGCACACUGGGAAUGUGAGAUCAUCUCCUUGCUGGAUACGCCCAGCACCUGGAGAGUUCAGGCCUUUGGGAGAUUCCUCAGGCCUGCUGAGAGGACAGGCGUCGUCCUCGCUGCCAUCGAGAUCUUGGGACGCUCCAGCCUCCUGGACAAGAAAGCACCAGUGGAGUUUCUGGAGGUGGCCAUGAAACCCCUUGAGCUGUGGCUGAUGGAUCACCUGAAGAAGAGCGAGGCCAUCCCCAUUGCUGUGAAGGUGGUGCACAGUCUCUGGCGCCUCUUUGAUGUGGAGGAAGAGUGUGUGCAGGAGAGCUGCAUCUGCCUCUUCAGAGACCUGCUGGGCAAAACGGUGUGGAGGGACAAGCACAUCAUGAAGAAACACACAUGGAAGGCCCUGGUGUGCCUCCUCCUUCACAUGAGUGACCAGCCCCCAGCGUGGCCAAGAAUGCUCAAGGUCUUCCUGGUGCUUCAGGCCCUGAGGAAACAGGGCUUAUCAGAGAUGCUGGCAGGGGACUGA